CUCACUUUGUCAAUCGAACGCUGAGUUCGCACGCAGAGCUACGACCUGCUGCUAUCUGUUACUGUCUGGCAAAUCCGCUAACCUUUGACGAAAAGGACAAGCGGCGCUAUGAGGUCUUACUCACUUCAGCGUUUUGCUGCCAAGGAGAGAGACCCCGCAUCCUCCUCCUACCAGUGCGAACCAUGAAAAACAAAAACCGGAGCUAGGCAGGCAAUCGAACGGCGAGAAUAAGCUUGAGAGGUAGCGAUUUGACGAGAGCGAUUGGUUCGGUGUGCAUGUUCUUGCGUAAAUUUACAAAUAAUAUAUCGCAUCGCAUAAGUUACUACAUCAACUUUUAGCCACCCACCUUGUGUUCAUUUCUCUCCAUUUAUCGCAGUGGCAAUAUCUUCCCCUAUUUACUUUCAUGUCAGUGCAUCCGACUGUGUAGGUGUUACCUGUAAUCCACUAAAUUUCCCGUUUUUGGGAAAACGCAAGUAAGCACAGGAAGUACGCGAGCGGAAUAUGACUUAACGAAGUGAACAAGGAUGCGUCCAGACGAAACCUGUUGAAGUCGUAACGUCCAUACUUGCCACAAGAGCUACCUAUUGCCGUUGGAAUACGCUGAUAUUAUGUCAUCAAGAGGACGCCUGGCCGCACAGCGACGUAGUCGUAACGCAAUAAAGAGCCGCAGUCGGGUCGAAGUCGCGUUUGGCCAUUGAAUACACAGAGUAGAACAAGCUGGGCGAGCGGCCUGUCUCCGGUGUGCGGUCGCCUGUUUACGGUUGGCCUGUGACGUGGUGAGGAGGCACGAGUUGCUGUGAUACGGCCAUCGUCAUCGUCGUCGCCGUUGCUACUCGUGUCCGUGUGCUAUCUUUCAGCUGUUCAGCGCUUCAGAUUGCCGCUACGUCAGAGUCUUCAGUGAACAGUGAGUAGUGGCUACACUGCAAAGCGCUGCGAACGGGAAGAUCGGAGGGAACGAUUUUUCGUUCGCUGAAGAACGUUGUUAUUGGCUCGAAGAACGGUGGCCGGUGAAAGGAUAUCUUGACUGCAUCAUUCGUUUGAAAUAUUUUAAGCAAGCUGAGUACGGCGCAAACAAACGACCAGUUCGGUCAGAUAAUAAUUCAGGAGAAUAUCGCACGCAUCCGUAGACAUCAUGGCUGAAGAAAGUGUCGCGCACAUAAUUGCCGACUUUCUAGGUGUUCUUGUAUCAAUAAUUUUCAUAUGCCUACGGGAGUUCAUCUUCCUAAUAGUGCCACGACCUCGCAAAAAUGUGGCCGAUAAAGUGGUCCUCUUAACUGGAGCCGGUCACGGUGUGGGGCGGCUGAUCGCUCAUCGACUCGGUGAUCUGGGAGCACGUUGUGUCCUCAUUGACAUCAACAAGGACACGAAUGAAGCAGUCGCCGAUGAGGUUCGAGCAAAAGGGCAACAGGCGUGGGCAUACCAGUGUGACGUUUCCAAUGAGGAACAGAUUAAAGAGAUACAUCAACGUAUUCGACGUGAGGUGGGCCCCAUUGAUAUACUUAUCAAUAACGCAGCUAUCGUCAACUGUCAGGAGCUUCUCGAAAUCCCAUCAGCCAGUAUUCGUAGGAACUUCGAGGUCAACAUCCUCUCACAUAUGUGGACGAUCAGGGAGUUCCUGCCUGCAAUGAAAGAACGAGGAGAGGGCCAUAUCGUUGCGAUGUCCUCCAUUGCAGGAGUUCUUGGAACAGCGUACCUUACAGACUAUUGCGCCUCGAAAUUUGCCGUUCGUGGUUUAAUGACAGCGUUGGAAGAAGAAUUGUACGUACAGGGCUAUAGUGAAAAAAUUCAUCUUACCACAGUAUGUCCAGUUGCGAUCAACACAGGAAUGUUUCAGUCCCUGCUAACUCGCUUCGCAUGGGCAGUUCCGAUUCUCGAGCCGGACAACGUUGUUGACAAGGUAAUCGAGGCCUUCCUUACCAAUCGGAAGGAGAUCGUUCUUCCAUCUUACGUCGGUUACGUUAACAAACUCGUGAAUUGUCUUUUACCUGAUCGAGCCAUUCUCAAGCUACAGCGAUUUCUUCAGUACGAAACGGGCCCCCACAAGGAAGCGUCUUCCACCGACAUGGAAAAUGCCGCCAAAAAGGAUCUCUAAACUUACUGUUCUGCGACAACUAA